AUGAUUGCAUCUAAAUUGAUCCACAGCGAGAUGGGGGCGCUGCAGCAGGAGCUCUCCCUGGUCGCCAGCCACCCGCUGCUGGCGCUGCCAGAGGCCGCAGCCAUUGUGAUGCGCCACCUGGACGCCGACGCCGCAGCGGUCUAUGUGUUUGCAGAGGAUGAGCCCGGCUGCGCCGCCCUGAUGGCAGCGGAAGGCAGGGGGGCGUCCGCGCUCGAGCGCACGAGCGUGGUCAGGGGCGACGCCUGGAGCGCCGUGCGGCUCGCGCAGGACGGAGAGGGGCGACUGGCUGUCCCGGACGCGCCUGCGUUCCAGGGCGAACUGCCUCGCGACCUCGCGACCCUUCACCGGAAGGCCGGCCUCCGCAGCUUCCUGGCAGCUGCCAUAGGGCCGAAGGGCAGCCCGCGGGGAGUCCUGGUCGUCGGGAGGAUGGAGGCGCGCGGCUUCGAUGACAGCGACUCGCUCUUAAUGCUCGACGCCGCCGCCACGGGGCUGCUGCAGCACGUGCGGCCGGCGCAGGUGGCGCAGGCUGUGCGGAUGAUGCGCGCCAUCGAUGACGCGGGAGACCCCGUCUCCGCGAUCAGCGCCCUGCUGCAGAGCACCGCGCGCUCCAUGUGGCGCGCGACAAACAUCUCCAUGGGCGUGAGGCUCGCCCUGGUCGACGGCGGGCAAGUGACCUGCCUGGUGUUUGAGUCCAGGAGGGCGGACGCCGUCUGCCGCCACUACAUGGACGCGUCCCAAGGCAGGAGCGUCGUGCUGGCCGAGGAUCCCUGCGCUGACGUCACCGUCAGGGAGCUGGGGCUGGCCCACACCCUCGUCGCCAGCGCGGUGACCCGCAGGAAGGCGCGCUUCGUGAAGGACGUUGCAGCCUACAUGCAGAGCUGCCCCAGCCCCGCGCGCGACCUGUUCACGCACGCGUCCCAGGCGGUGUCGUCGCUGGUGGUGGUGCCACUGCUGAGGGGCGGCACGGCGCUGGGAGGGCUGUACCUGACGCAGGACGUGCCGUGCGAUUUUUCGAAUAUCAAGGAGACUGUGCUGGGACUCGUGCACGCGCUGGCGCUGACCAUUGCCAACAAGCUGUCAGGGCAGAUGCCCCUCAUCAGGAUGAUCGUGCAGGAGGUCGAGCUCGGCGGCCCCCAGGCUGCCCCACACCCUGCGCCUGCUUCCGGCCCGCGCACGCCCCUGCCGUCGGACGCCGGCGCCGCCGCGGGCGCGGACGACCAUUGCGACUCGUCAGACUCGCGCGGCGCCCGGGCGCCGCGCGCGCGGCGCGCGUCGCGGCUGUCCAAGGUUAGCAGCCGCCAGCUGUGCGCCGAGGGGAUGCUGCGGGUCCUGCAGCAGCAGCUGCACAGCGGGCGCCGCCGCAGCAGCCUGCUCAGCUUCCAGUCGGAUCUGGAAAUCCACGAGGCGCUGGGCAGCGGGGGAUUUGGGCGCGUGUUCCGCGGCACGUGGCACACGGCGGCGGCGGCCAUCAAGGUGCUCAACGCCCGCUCCUGCGACUUCGAGGCGGUCCCCGAUGUAAUGGAGAUGGCGGUGCUGUCCAGCGUGCAGCACCCCAACAUUGUCCAGGUCUACUGCUGUCUGACAAACAUGGUCGCGGCCGACGCAGGCCCUGCGGGGGCGACUGGGGUGAUGGACUCUGCCCUCAGCGCGUGCGGGGCGGCCGCGGCCGCCGGCUGCGGGCCGCGGUACAGGCGGGUCCUGCCAGGGGAGGCGGUCGGGGAGACGUACAACAUCCUCGUCAUGGAGUACUGCGACGGGGGCACGCUGAGCGCCGCGAUGAAGACGGGGCGGUGGCACCGCAUUUUGGAGGGCGGCGAAGUCGCCGUGGAUGUCGUGGCGGUGGUCGGCGUCCUCCUUGACGUGGCGCACAGCCUGCAGUACAUCCACCGCAUGCACUUGCUGCACUCUGACGUCAAGCUCGACAACGUGCUGCUCAAGAGCGACCCCUCGCGCCCCUCGGGGGUCACGCCCAAGCUCGCGGACUUUGGCCUAGCCAAAUUUUUGAAGGACGAGGGGUCGACCGUCAAUCAGAGCGGCGCGGGCACCAUCACCCACCUGGCGCCGGAGAUGUUCCGUGUCGGCACACGCAUCACGACCGCGGUGGACGUCUACGCGUUUGGCGUCCUGAUGUGGGAGUUCUACACGCGGCAGCAGCCAUACUCGGGCUACUCGCGAGACGGCGUCGCGGACACUGUGCGGGCAGGUGGCCGUCCCACGUUCCCGCCAGGCACCCCACCCAGCUUCUCGCAGCUCGCCACCGCCUGCUGGGCCCACGACGCGUCGGCGCGGCCCCCCAUGUCGCUCGUCAUCUCACGCCUCCAAGACAUCGCCGCCGGCGCCGCCGCGGCGGCGCCGCCGCCCGCCGACGUCACCAAGCCGCCGCCCGAGCUUCCGGCAGCCUGA